AUGGCCGUUUUUCCUGAGAUCCGAUGGGCCCAGCGCUCGAGUGCUAGUGACGCCGAGAAGAAUUUUGUCUAUUUGACGAUCGAGCAGCCGAACUUAGUAAACGACAGCCUGGAGUUGACCGCAACUUCGUUGAAGUUCAGUGGUGAGGACGGCAGCAACAAGUUUGCUGUCGAGUUUGAGUUCUUUGCUGAGAUUGACGUUGAGAACUCCAAGAAGCAGAAGAACGACCGCAACGUCUUCCUUGUUCUGCGCAAGAAGGAGCUGAACGAGGAGUACUGGCCUCGUCUGACCAAGGACAAGGUCAAGCGUCCCUACAUCAAGACCGACUUUGACAAGUGGGUUGACGAGGACGAGCAGAACGAGCAGCCUGUCGAGGACUUUGGCGACAUGGCUGGCAUGGGCGGCAUGCCUGGUAUGCCCGACAUGGGCGCUAUGGGCGGUAUGCCCGGUAUGGGCGGUGCUGGCGCGGGCGCUGGUGAUGGCGGUUUCGAUAUGUCUCAGCUUCUUGCUGGCAUGGGCGGCGGCGGCGACGGCGGCUUCGACAUGUCCAAGCUUGCGGAGUUGCAGAAGCAAUUCGGCCUUGGCGGCGAGGGCCAGGGCAACGACGAGACUAUCAGCAGCACGCUUGGCGAGGCUGAUGAGGCCGAGGCCGAGGACAAUGACGAUAGCAAGGUCCAGGAAGUUAACUAG